UUGUAGGCCUACAGUCGGGCUGUAAACGGUUUCGGGCUUUUAAAAAGCUGUCUAUCAAAAUGUGCUUGUCGGGCUCGGGCCGAGCUCUAUCGGGCUCGGGGCCUUUUCGGGCCGUACUUUUAAGGCCCAAUUACAGCUCUAAUCUGGCCACUUUAACAGGAAAUCAACUUUGGGGCCAUUUAGAAUGGAUAUGUUUACAACUGUGAAAUGGUCUAUGGACAAACCUGCCAGCAAAAAGCGACGAAAAACAGCGAAGAAAUGGCCCAAAACUGCAUAGCGCCCCUUUAAAAUCUGACAUACUACGUGGAAACGAGUUGACAUGCCGUACAGACACAGACGUCUGUCCUUAUUUCGUGCCCAGCAGGUGGAGAGGAACACAUGGCACUCAGCCCGACUCACAACUUGCACAAUUCAAAAAAAGCUGUUUUCUUCACCAAAAUGACCACGUUUUUACCUCGGCUCUUACGGCACAUUUAUUAUUGUAUCGAUAGCGCUUGUUUUCUACAUCUGAUCUGAAGUGUUCUUGCUCUCCCUGUAAUGCCUUUUCCAUUUCAAACAUGUCCAGGCUGCUGUCACAUGUCCAUGUCCAGGUUGUUGUCACAUGUCCAGGUUGUUGUCACAUGUCCAGGUUGUUGUCACAUGUCACAUGUACAGGCUGUUGUCACAUGUCCAUGUCCAGGUUGUUGUCACAUGUCCAUGUCCAGGUUGUUGUCACAUGUCCAGGUUGUUGUCACAUGUCCAGGUUGUUGUCACAUGUCACAUGUACAGGCUGUUGUCACAUGUCCAUGUCCAGGUUGUUGUCACAUGUCCAUGUCCAGGUUGUUGUCACAUGUCCAGGCUGCUGUCACAUGUCACAUGUCCAGGUUGUUGUCACAUGUCCAUGUCCAGGUUGUUGUCACAUGUCCAGGUUGUUGUCACAUGUACAGGUUGUUGUCACAUGUCCAGGUUGUUGUCACAUGUCCAGGUUGUUGUCACAUGUCCAUGCUGCUGUCACAUGUCACGUGUACAGGCUGUUGUCACAUGUCCAGGUUGUUGUCACAUGUCCAGGUUGUUGUCACAUGUCCAGGUUGUUGUCACAUGUCACAUGUACAGGCUGUUGUCACAUGUCCAUGUCCAGGUUGUUGUCACAUGUCCAGGUUGUUGUCACAUGUCCAUGUCCAGGUUGUUGUCACAUGUCCAGGCUGCUGUCACAUGUCCAGGUUGUUGUCACAUGUCCAGGUUGUUGUCACAUGUCCAUGUCCAGGUUGUUGUCACAUGUCCAUGUCCAGGUUGUUGUCACAUGUCCAGGUUGUUGUCACAUGUCCAGGCUGCUGUCACAUGUCACAUGUCCAGGUUGUUGUCACAUGUCACAUGUCCAGGUUGUUGUCACAUGUCCAGGUUGUUGUCACAUGUCACAUGUCCAGGUUGUUGUCACAUGUCCAGGCUGCUGUCACAUGUCCAGGUUGUUGUCACAUGUCCAGGUUGUUGUCACAUGUACAGGUUAUUGUCACAUGUCCAUGUCCAGGUUGUUGUCAUAUGUCCAGGCUGUUGUCACAUGUCCAGGCUGUUGUCACAUGUACAGGUUGUUGUCACAUGUCCAGGUUGUUGUCACAUGUCCAGGCUGCUGUCACAUGUCCAGGCUGUUGUCACAUGUCCAGGUUAUUGUCACAUGUCCAUGUCCAGGCUGCUGUCACAUGUCCAGGUUGUUGUCACAUGUCCAGGUUGUUGUCACAUGUCCAGGCUGCUGUCACAUGUCCAGGUUGUUGUCACAUGUCCAGGUUGUUGUCACAUGUCCAUGUCCAGGCUGCUGUCACAUGUCCAGGUUGUUGUCACAUGUCCAGGUUGUUGUCACAUGUCCAGGUUGUUGUCACAUGUCCAUGUCCAGGCUGUUGUCACAUGUUCAGGUUGUUGUCACAUGUACAGGUGGUUGUCACAUGUCCAUGUCCAGGUUGUUGUCACAUGUCCAUGUCCAGGCUGCUGUCACAUGUCCAGGUUGUUGUCACAUGUCCAUGUCCAGGUUGUUGUCACAUGUCCAUGUCCAGGCUGUUGUCACAUGUCCAGGUUGUUGUCACAUGUACAGGCUGUUGUCACAUAUCACAUGUACAGGCUGUUGUCACAUGUACAGGUUAUUGUCACAUGUCCAUGUCCAGGUUGUUGUCACAUGUCCAUGUCCAGGUUGUUGUCACAUGUCCAUGUCCAGGUUGUUGUCACAUGUCCAGGUUGUUGUCACAUGUCCAGGUUAUUGUCACAUGUCCAGGUUGUUGUCACAUGUCCAGGUUAUUGUCACAUGUCCAGGUUGUUGUCACAUGUCCAGGUUGUUGUCACAUGUCCAGGUUGUUGUCACAUGUCCAGGUUGUUGUCACAUGUCCAGGUUGUUGUCACAUGUCCAGGUUGUUGUCACAUGUACAGGCUGUUGUCACAUGUCCAGGUUGUUGUCACAUGUCCAGGUUGUUGUCACAUGUACAGCCUGAUGUCACAUGUCCAUGUCCAGGUUGUUGUCACAUGUCCAGGUUAUUGUCACAUGUCCAAGUUGUUGUCACAUGUCCAGGUUGUUGUCACAUGUACAGGCUGCUGUCACAUGUCCAGGUUGUUGUCACAUAUACAGGCUGUUGUCAUAUGUCCAUGUCCAGGUUGUUGUCACAUGUCCAUGUCCAGGUUGUUGUCACAUGUCCAUGUCCAGGCUGCUGUCAUAUGUCCAUGUCCAGGUUGUUGUCACAUGUCACAUGUCCAGGUUGUUGUCACAUGUACAGGCUGUUGUCACAUGUACAGACUGUUGUCACAUGUACAGGCUGUUGUCACAUGUACAGGCUGAUGUCACAUGUCCAUGUCCAGGUUGUUGUCACAUGUACAGGUUUUUCAUAUUUUAGCCCUUUGGCUCUUCCGAUGCCUCACAGAUCUAAAGGCCUUCCUCUCGUUUGGUGUCCAACGAACACAUGUGUGAAAGGUUGAGCUCAUGAUGCAUCAGAGCGAUAGAAUAUAGUCCAUUUUGUUACCGAGUCGAACAUCCAAAAUGUCAGUUUGCGGCUGGCUGGCUGGCUGGCUGGCUGGCUGGGUGUGUGUGUGUGUGUGUGUGUGUGUGUGUGUGUGUGUGUGUGUGUGUGUGUGUGAGCAUGGUUUCUCUAUUCUCUGCGUACUUGAUGUAAAAAGAAGAGAAUCUGAAUCAGACUGAAGUGCCUCCUUGUUCGCAUGAUUUACCGGAACAGACACCAGACUGUCCCUCUCUGUUUGUUUACACACACACCUAUACACACACACACAUAUAUACACACACACACACAGAGACACACACACAUACACACAGACAGAUACACAUACACAGACAGAUACACGCACACACAA